AUGGGGAAUUGGAGGUCGCAUUGCGUGAACUGGAAGCAUGUCGCUCAUGGGGCGUCAACCUGGGACCAACUAUGUGAGGACCUGGACGCGUUGUUGUACAGACUACGAUACUGGAAUAUCUCUGUGAGCUUACCGAAAAGCGAAUUCGGAAAGUUGACCAUCCCAUUCCUCUCUCAUGAAGUGAGUGCGGACGGAAUCAGGGCCUUGCCGAAGAUUGUCAAAGGCAUAGAGGAUCUACCGUUCCCGUCGACGUAUAAGGGAGUGCAGUCCUUCUUAGGAAGCCUUAACUACUACAAUAAGUUUAUCGAAGACUUACCAGUAGUUGCCGCUGUGCUCUAUGAACUAGACGAAGAACGUGUACGUGCUGGAGGGAAUAUGGAAGCCGCAAAGGAGUCUUUCGAGAUACUGAAACACAGAAAUAAGCCUUUCGUGAUCAUUCCGCAUGCUAACCCGUGGGCGGCGUGUGCGGUUUUGGGUCAGGAGCAUGAGGGACUCAUACACCCCGUGCGAUUUACUGGCAGAGUGUUGAAGGAAUCAGAGCUACGUUAUCAUAUAGCUGAGAAGGAAGUGCUCGCAAUCUUGGGGACUCUGGAAGUUUUCAGACCUCCGAUCCAUGGAUCAGAAUUCCCAGUUGUGGUGUAUACGCGCUACUCGGUGUUAAAGUGGUUACUAGGGUCCAACACUGCAGAUGGGCGACAUCUGAAGUGGGGGUUGAAACUAUCAAGAUGGACGCUGGGAAUCCAUCGGACUCAGAAAGAUGAGGACGGCCUCGCGGCCAUCCUUGGGUCUGGUAUUACUCCCAGGGAACAUUUAGAUAAAGUGGCAGAGACUCUGAUUCCCGCCGAAGGACGUCUGAAAGUGAUGCCACCAGUGAGUCUGGAAAUGUUGGAAGCAGAUUACCAAGGCUACGUUCUGAGUUUUGAUGGUGCUGCGAAGGUUUGUACUCGCCGAGGAAGUUGUGGAUGCAUACUGUGGAAACUGCCAGGGUGGCAGAUUGUGAAAGCUGAAGGACACAUCCUUGAAGGUGUGACGGUCAAUAAUGCUGAAUACCAUGGUUUGAUUCUGGGAUUAAAGCUCGCUAUGAAGAAUGAUGUCAAGGAGCUUGUGGCAGUCGGUGAUUCCCGAAUCGUCGUCCAACAGGCUCAGGGUCUGAUUAAUUGCAACCAACCUAACUUGCAACGACGUCUAGCUGAGUAUGAGGAUCUCAGGAAGAAUGUUGUGUCGGUGAAGUUGAUUCAUGUUAAACGUGAGUUUAACCAAGCGGCCGACUACCUGACCUCUAAGACUCUCGUGCUUGGAGAAUCCUGGGAGCUCGAUAACCCCGACGAAAUAGUGCAUUUACGUCUCGUAUCCAGAAUCCCUGAAAAGGUCAUGAAGCCUUCAGAAAUCCCAAGCACCUCUGCGACUGAUGCGGUUUGUUCAGACCAAGUCAGACUCGGAGUGGAUAUUCUUGAUGCCGGGAUACCAGUGUGUUUAGCUACCGCGACUGAAGCAUUGAUGGUGUGA